UUUGCUGCAUUUAGUCCCAUCUUUCCUGGCAGGACAGACAUCUACUAGAUCGUUUCCAUUAAAAACUUUGCUAUCAUGGAGGCCAAAGUUUUUUUCGGUUUUUGUGUCCUUUUUGUCCUCUUCUUCGAAAACGGGAGUGUAACUGGACAACAACAGUCGCCAUUGGCAAGCCUCGCUGCAGCGGCGUUGAAUCAGUACUCGGAAUACGUCAAGUUGAAGAGUUUGGACAAAUCGCUGAGUGAAAAGGAUGACAACCCCGAGACCAGGGGAGGUGGAGGGUAUGGGCACGGUGGUGGUGGGCAUGGACAUGGGCAUUACGGGGCCAUAACCCUUGACCCCGUCUCAAUCAUCAGUCUUCUAGCACUUGGUGCAUUUUUAAUCAACAACAUUCUCCAACUUCUCCGUGCAAAUGCUCCAGCUCCAGCCCCGGCUCCAGGAAAGAGAUCCUUUAGCUCAUUAAUUCCAGAGUCAAUUUUCCCAGUUUUGUCUGCAAUGGAAAUGAACUCUGAACGUAAAGGGGACAGCAUUCUCACUGGGGAACCAAAUUUUGGAAAAUUUUUUGAAAACGUCGGCUCCCUCUACUACCUUCAGCCCAAAAAGAGGAACUUAUGCAUUAAAAAAGUCGUCUGUGGUUAUCUCACAGUACAAAAGUCUCGGGAAGACACUGCCCCUGGAAAUUUCAAGACGAGUGUGUUUGACUUUAUGCUCUCCACAAUUUCUCGCUUCGUUGUCCCCGAACUUACGUCUCCCACCAAGGACGACGUUUGCAAAAAAUUCAACAAACUUUGCAGUGAUUCACUUCUCCAAGAUGCAAAAAUAUCUGUCAAGCAUAAAGUUUAUCAUGAGAUGAGCAACCUCAUUUCCGCUCUCACAGUUGGUGGUGGUGUCUCCCAAAUGAUGGGUUGAUUUACAUUAAUAUUACUAUUUCAUUACACAAAAGUCGAGUUUGUUUUUGCAAUUAAUUGUAAUUAUUUAUUAUUGUUUUUGGUUGGAAUAAAACAUUGCAAAUUCAUAUGAAGCUGUGA